GACUACAGGAUACACUGCUACGACAAUGGCAUCAUCAUCAAGCAGUGGCCUAACAUUUAAGCUGCACCCACUUGUCAUACUCAACAUAUCUGAUCACCACACUCGCCUCAAAUCUCAAGCCACAGUCAAUAGAGAUUCCGAUUCACCUCCGCCACAACCACCUAGGGUAUUAGGUUGCGUUAUCGGUGUACAAAAAGGCCGUACUGUUGAGAUCUUCAAUAGCUUCGAAUUACUUUAUGAUUCGUCUACUCACUCACUCGACCGUACCUUCCUUGACAAGAAACAGGAACUCUAUAAGAAGGUGUUUCCUAAUUUCUAUAUACUGGGAUGGUAUUCAACGGGAAGUGAUGCUCAGGAAGCAGACAUGCACAUUCACAAAGCUUUGAUGGAUAUCAAUGAAAGUCCUGUGUACGUUCUUUUCAAUCCAUCUAUCAAUCAUGCACAGAAGGACUUGCCAAUCACUAUCUACGAAAAUGAGUUGCACAUCAUUGAUGGCAUCCCACAGCUUAUUUUUGUCCAAGCAAGCUACACAAUAGAGACGGUUGAAGCUGAACGGAUAUCUGUUGAUCAUGUCGCACAUCUUAAACCAUCUGAUGGAGGCUCUGCUGCAACUCAGUUGUCUGCCCACCUUACUGGCACACACAGUGCCAUCAAGAUGCUGAACAGCAGAAUUAGAGUGCUACAUCAUUAUCUUCUUGCUAUGCAAAAAGGUGAAAUUCCUUGUGAGAAUUCAUUGCUCAGGCAGGUCUCCAGUCUUUUAAGAAGAUUACCAACAAUUGAGUCGGAGAAAUUUCGAGAUGAUUUUUUGAUGGAAUAUAAUGACACAUUGUUAGUUGGUUACCUGGCCAUGUUCACCAACUGCUCUAGUACAAUGAACGAGUUGGUUGACAAAUUCAACACUGCAUAUGAACGACAUAGUAGGAGGGGUGGAAGAACUGCUUUCAUCUGAAAGUUGAUAUAUCUCCAAUAUUGCCUUUUUGCACUAUUUCUUUCCGGCUGUAGUUACAAGAUCAGCCAGCUUAGGUAUCCCAUUAAUGAAAACAGAGGAAUCACUUAGUAGCUUUGUUUUUCUUUUGCCUUUCGUUAGUGUUAGCCUGCCCCAUUUUCUUUGAUUCUUGUGGUGCUAUCAUAGAUAUGGUAGAAAAUGGCUGAGGUUUUUGAGUCCAAAAGCUUGUAAUUAAGCACUAUGGCGUUUUCCUGUUUCGAUCCCUGUAGUAGUAAUCUUAUGCAAGGAUAUUUCGUUUGUCGUAAUAUAGGAGUAUAAUAUUCUGGAAGAAUUGUGAGUUAUCAAAUAAAUGUGGAGUUUAUGUGUA